AUCCCAGAGAAGYUGUGUCCUCGUUUCUGUAUGAAUGUUCCAAAUUUAUUUCAUUUUGCGUUCUUACUGAGAGAGGYKCRARCACCAUCAUGGACACGGUGGAUUUUGAGGAAGCAGCAGCUUUCUCUGCCCAGCSUUCCCUUGCUUCAGGCAGCAAGAAAGAAGAACUCUUUGACUCUCCUUGAACUCACUGAGGCAGAAUUAGAAGAACAGUUUGUAAGAGGUGAUGGUCCAGGAGGUCAAGCUACAAAUAAGACAAAUAAUUGUGUUGUCCUGAAGCAUAUUCCAUCWGGGAUUGUAGUGAAGUGUCAUCAGACAAGGUCAGUGGAGAAGAACCGAAAGAUUGCCAGAGAAAUCCUGCAGGAAAAAGUUGACCUUUUCUACAAAGGUGAAGACAGUGAUGUUUUUAAAGAGAGGAAAGCAUCAGAGAAGCAAAAGCAGGAGAAAAAAAGAAGAGCAAAGGAAAACCUAGAAAGGAAAAAGCUUUUUAAAGAGAUGCAACAAUUGGAUAAGGAAUAAACAUGUGAAAUACUGACUUGCCCUAGCAGGCACCCUCACCAGCUGCCACCGGGUUUUGGCCUUCCACAAAGACCCAAAGCCAGAGUAUGGAUUUUGAAAGCAACAGAGAUUUCUGGAGCUCCACCUCCUCCCAGAGAUGGACUGCACCCUGUGCCAGGGAUGGAAUGCUCCAGCAGUCUGCAGGCCCUUCCCUUGUCCUUUCCUGAACUCCUGCAUGAAGGUUAAAUCUUUUAUCUGUUGGCAC